AUGGCAGGCGCGGAUUUUGACCAGACCAAAGCCUACGCGACCCAGGAAGAGGGCACGGGAUACUUUGACGAUGGCCGUGAAAUUGAGCUACUACACUUCGUCUACGCGCACCCAGAUCUAGACAAUAUCCGUGGAUCCCCUGCAAAGGUUCUUGCGGCCAUUGAUGAGUUCGGCCGCACCAAGAAGUAUCUUAUGAAUGUCGGCGAGGACAAGGGACGGAUUGUCUGCGACUUGAUCAAGGAAACAAAGCCCAAGACCAUGGUCGAAUUGGGAGGAUACGUGGGCUAUUCAUGCAUUCUCUUCGGUGACAUGCUUGCCAAAGUGGGCGGACAGCGUUACUUCAGUCUCGAAAUGAACCCCGAGUUCGCCGCCGUCAUCAUGUCGCUGGUCCACCUGGCAGGCCUGUCGCAUGUUGUCGAGGUCGUCGUGGGACCCAGUGAUGCCUCAUUGGCGCGUCUGCACGCAGAAGGACAGUUGAAAGUGAUUGAUCUGUUGUUCCUCGACCACUACAAGCCCGCCUACACCACUGAUCUGAAACUUUGUGAAGAGUUGAAGCUCGUCCGCCCCGGAUCGGUGCUCGCGGCCGACAACGUCAUCAAGCCCGGAAACCCAGCCUACCUGGAGUAUGUCCGCAGCACAGUGCAGCAACGACGAGCAAAGCUCGGCGAGCUCCACCGGGGCGAAGAACUGCCCGAGGAGACGGUCGACCAGUACAAGAAGCGUUAUGCCAUGUCAUUCAACAAAAGCCCCGGCAAUCCCAAUCUGGUGUACGAGAGCAGGAUCGUCCACAGUUGGGAGCCUACGGGUGUUCCGGAUGGCGUGGAAAUCACUCGAUGCGUGGGCGAAGACGUGCAGUAG